UGCUCAUACUGUGCUGCAGCUCAACAGUCCGGAGAAAGAGGGCCUUGUUGUGGGCUGGACCGGUUCAUUGACCAACAUUAUACUGCAGGUCACGGCAGGACAGAGGAGCAACGGGCUGCCAGAGAGAGAUUGAAUCCAGCAGUCACAAUGGCAGACAGCAGGAAGACUAAUGAGACUGGAGCUGCAGCAGCAGAACCAGCUAAUGGAGACCAGCAGAAUGUUGUGUCCCGAGUGAGCAAUUUACCUCUGGUCAGUUCAGCUUGCGAGGUGGUUUCCAGCGCCUACAGCAGCACCAAAGACAGCGUGCCCUUGCUGAAGGGGGUGAUGGAUGCAGCAGAGAGCGGGGUCCGAACUCUGGGAGCAGCUGCCACCACGGGGUCCAAGCCUCUGUUGGACAUUAUAGAACCACAGCUUGCUACAGUCAAUGAGUACGCCAUGAAAGGACUGGAUAAGGUGGAAGAGAAGCUGCCUAUUCUUCAACAACCAGCAGACAAGGUGGUGUCGGACACAGUAGGUAUGAUGUACCAGUCGGUAGCAGGGGCCAAAGAUGCUGUGGUGGGGGCUGUCAUGGGCGGUGUCGAAAUGACCCGGGCAGCGGUCAGCGGAGGUAUCAUCACCGCCAUGGGCACCAGUUUGGGGCAGAUGGUCAGCAGUGGGAUGGGCCUGGCCCUCAGCCGAUCUGAGGACUGGGUUGACCAGAACCUGCCGCUCACUGAGAGGGAGCUGGCUGCUGUUGCUGAACCUGCCACCACAGAGGUGCCCACGCCAUCAACCAGCUCCGGCUACUUUGUCCGCUUGGGAAAACUCUCUGCCAAAGUCCAGGAGCGAGCCUUACAGCAGUCCCUGGUCCGUGCACAGCAUGCCAGGGAUGCCACCUAUGCUACAGUAGCUCAGAUUACCAGUACUCUGGACCUGCUAGAGAGCGCCCGUACCAGUCUGGGUACCGCCGGUAACCAGAUAGGAGGAGCCUCAGAGCAGCUGCUGCAGCGCUGGACAGAGUGGAAACAGAAGCAGGUUGCAGCUCGACAGACUGAGUCAGAGCCAGAUGGGACCAGCGAUGAGGCCGAGCAGCUGGAAUGGCGCGUGCUCUCCAUGGUUCAUGGUCUGAGCGCCCAGCUGAGGUCAGCAUGCUCCAACGUGGUGUCAAGUGCUCAAGGUCUGCCAGGUGCAGUCCAGGACCAGCUCACCAGGGCAAGGCAAUCAGCUGAAGAACUGCACGUCUCUCUGGGGAGCACCAGCACCAUCACACCCCUCCUUGUGGAGCGGAGCCGUCACCACCUGACCCAAGUUCAACAGUCUCUGGAUGGUGUCGUGGAGUAUCUUCUAAACAACACACCACUCAACUGGCUAGUGGGACCUUUCGCCCCUCAAAUCACUGAGAAGCCAGAGGGAGAUGUGGCGUCGAAGCAGAGCGGACCCCGCAAAUAGACUUGGAGACUUUGUUGUGUUUCAUGAGUUAAUGAGUUAAGUGGUGACAGGGGUUAGUGUUUACUGUAGAAGGACCACUUAAAAAUUUAUAUAUAAAUGCUUGCUUUAAUGAAAGAGGCCUUACAUUCAUGUAGUCAUGAUGCACUUGUUUUUCAUUGAACGACACUACUUUUGUGAUGUACAAAUUAAUCAUAAGUCAGUAAACCCUUUGAAGCCUGGAGCAACAUCACAUUUCUUGUGCUGCCUUCAGUUGCCUUUCACAAGCAUUUAAUCCUUUU